CAAAGCUAGCUUACAGAAGUGCCUAUGCCACCUGCCCCUGAGGAAAACAACAAAGUCCUGCGCGAGUGGGACACCUGUCGUCAUGGCUGUGCUGUGGUGUAAAAUGUGACAACAAACGCCAGGAUGAUGAACGACAUCAUAGAGGAACCAGAGAAGGACACUCUGCUGGAAGCCCAGUCGGAGCCACAAGUUUUGUCGGCACCCAUUAGUGGCACGAGACCUAAGACUGCUGAUGGAGGAAUCAGGCCUGUGGAGAAAAGAGGACCUUACAUCAUGUCCAGAGCUCCGGCAAUCCACCUGAAACUACAGAAACACAGGGAGAUGGCAAGAAAAGCACUGAAGAAGAAAGCCCUCUCACCAGGACCUCCAGUGCUGCAUCAGCCCAGACAAGGAGGCAAGAGGACAGUGAAGUAUAACAAGGGCUACACUGCUUUGAGUCAGCACGCUGAGGACAGUUUGGUUGCACUGGACUCAGACAGUGAUGAAGAGAUCGAUUUCGAGCAGUAUUCCUCAGGAUACUCUUCAGCUGAGGUCCAUCCUGAUUUAAGCAGGCAGCUGCUUCAGGACGGCUACCGUCUGGACGAGAUACCCGAUGACGAGGACCUGGACCUGAUUCCGCCCAAAGCCAUGGGCUCCUCCUUGUGUUGCUGCUCUGAGAGCCCGUCCUGUUCCAUGCAGUGAUGCCGGUGCUAUUACUCAGACCUUAUAAAGGCUCGGCUCCAGCUCCCCUCCCUGACUUAAGUCACUGGUGCCUGAGGUCUUCUUUCUAACCCAGGACCACUGCAGUGCUGCCUGAGGACUUCCAGCUCUGAAGCCAAACUCCUGUUUGUGCAGGACAGCGAAAACACAGAAAUCGCUCAACACACAAAAACGCGGAUGGACAUAAGAACAAGCCUUAUCCACUGUGACCCCAAAGCUUGAUGUAUUUUAUUUUCUUCUACUUUUUAUAAGACUGCAUGAAAGGCUAACUAUGCCACUGCUCCAAAUAGAGCGGCAGAAUAAUUAAUCAUUUGAGAUAUGUCCAUGUUGACCCAAUGGAGAGCUGGUUACUGUGUUUUCAGCUCUGGUGAAUAGCUCUGCAGCCCUAUAAGCAUGACAUACAUACACGUAUGGGCGACUGUGUUUUCAUUUUCUGGCCGUUCGGUGAAUUACAAUUGUCCAGUUGUCACUUGACCAUUGACAUUCCCUGACUACAGUUGCAUUAACUGUUUUUUUAAUUAUCAUUACUUAAUCUGUCUUCAAAAAUGACAUGUGAGUUUUACCCCCAAAUGAGAUUUUGUGUGCGUGCGUGCGUGCGUGCGUGCGUCUCUCAGAGUAAAUGUUGCUAUCUCACAAACCUGACAUGAGGUGAAGGCUGAUAAGCCCGACCCAGGAUCGUGUUCUACUGGUUCCCUCAUGUUCUCGCUGAUGAAGAUAUACGUGGAGAGAACGAGAUAAUGAAAAGUUGUCCGACCAAGUUCUCCACUGUUUCAAAGAGUGAUACCUACAGUUACCAAAUGUUACACUAUGGCAUAUGGCACAACAUGUAAGCAGAUGAGGUGCUUAAGUGCUUUGAUAGAUGAACCAAUGAUAUUUGAUUAGAUUGGAGUUUACAAUCUCUGUAUUGUAAAAAUAAGUUUUAUUCUAGAAGCCAAUGUCUGACACUUAAAAAAAAAAGUUGAAGAUUGUAGGUAUAAAAGCAAACUAUAUUAGAAAAUCCCACACACCAAGUAAUUUUGUCAUCCAAAGAUAUUUGGUAAUGUUUAUGGUUUAUGUUAUGUAUUUGUUUCUAAUUUAGAUUUUUUUUUAAUUCAUAUGCUUUAGGAAACUGUGGGAUGGAUUGGAAGAAUUUUUUAUUUUUUUGGGGGGGCCAAGAUGGAUAUGUAGCAUUUUGGAUUUGAAUCCUUUCCAGGAUCUAAUGUAACUCCUCUUUAACACAUCAGAGUGGGUGGGGGGGCAGAUUUCAGUUACACCAUUGUAUUUAUUUAUUUAUUUUUUCGUGCAUUUGUUGGAGACACUAAGAAUAGCUGUUACAGGUUAAAAAACAGUAAACCAGAUUUGCAUAAGGAUUUAGGUAUCUGUCUCCGCUUGUUAUUUGUAAAGUAUAUUUACAUACAUCAGUUUGACCUGUGUGUUGGGAAUUACUUUCUGUUCGUGUUAUGAUGUGUCUGUUGUUUCUACACAACAGACCCACAGAUGUGCAGAAACUGGCAAUCCUGAAUCUCAGAAACAGUGAUAUUAUUUGCGUUUGUUUUUCACUUUUUAAAAAAAGCAUCUGUCCACUCAUGUUACAGUCUGGGUCAUAUUUUGCUAUUAAUUGUAGGUGUUUUAUUUUUAAUCUGUGCAUUAGUUGAAACGUACAAUAUCAGAACGAGUGACAGUGAUCACUUUCUCGGGAGAUUUUGUGUGUGAGUGUGCAGCUAGAGGGUAAUCUGCCUUUCACAUACGUUUGUAAAAAUUAAAUAAAAUUGCACAACUCUUUAAAGUGCAUAGAGGUUUUAAGUGCAGAUACAUGUAUGGCUGCUGUUUUACUUGCCUGCAGACCACACUGUUACUUCUCAUGCUGGUUGUUACAAGGUGUAACUCUGUCAUAUAUAUAAAUUGUAUAGCAGACCACUUGACCACCAUAAUGAAACUGGAAAGAGUAGCAACCUGAUUUGUUGGGACAGAUUCCCAAAUUUCUGAUUCAGGAAGUGGAUUUGUUAAAACCUUUGCAAUGAAAAGUCCAGUGUUGAAAAUCUUACAUUAUUAACACGAGUCGUGUACAUCGUCUCCUCACGGCACUCCAUGGUUGUAAUGUGGGUGAUUUAGGAAUAAAAGCUGAUUCUACUAAGUUACACAAAGUGUGACAGGCAUGAGGUAAAUGCUUUAAGUGUAACAGCUGAAUUUAAAGUGUAUUGACCCCCAGCCCUGGCUCUGCACGAUGUUUUAUGUACACUAAUAUUGCACUUAACACCAGUGGUCACUGUACUCACCUGUACUAUGCAACUGUUGGGACAAUCUGCUUGUUAUACAACAUUGUGACAAUAUAGUGUCAUUGAGUGCUAAAGGCAAUAACUGAAAGUUAUUUUCUAAUGGUAAACACUAGUCUUUUUUUAUUUGAUUGUACUGUUUAUUGGUUUAUAUUAUUAAAUAAAACUAUUAUCUAUA